AUGAAAGCCAAACUUCACAAAGCUAAAUCACUAACCAUUGUCACUGGCGAGCAUACCUGUCCUGACCCUAAAGAAGACAAAGAAAACGACCGACUCUACGUCGAGCUCAAUGAAGAUGCGUAUGCUGAAAUUGUCCAACAUCUCAAUCAAGAAAUCCUUGCUUACGUCAGUACCACACUACCCGAGACCGAAAAAUUCAACGGAUACAAACUUUGGCAACUCCUCAAACAGAAGUAUGCCGGCAGCGAUCUUACUUCCAGAACUACAGCCCUCAACAAGUUCCUCGCCAUCGAGUAUGAAUCGUUUUCGACCUUCCUACCUCUUAUUCAAUCCGCAAAUCAGAAGAUUGUCCUCUCUUGA